AAAGCGAAAGGGAAAGCGUGUCUGUGCUCCCGGCAGCCUGCGAUGGCGUCGGAGCAGUGGCGGGCGCUGGCCGCGCAGUUCCAGGUGAUCUGCCGCCCCGGGGGGCCCCCAGGUGCGGGGCCCCCCGGGGCGCUGCGAGGCCCGGUGUCCUGUGGGCACUGGGUGAGCGCGGCCGGGCUGCGGGGAUGGGUGCGGGCGCUGCUGGACCAGGGCAUCACCUCAUUCCGCUGCCCACGCUGCCCGGACACCCCUUGGCUCUGGCAGGAGCUGUGCAAACUCAGGCUCUUCUCGGACGAGGACCAGGCCACGCUGGAGGCCCAAAUCCUGGCGCAGGAGGGCGCCAGGGGCAGCUACCGCCAGUGCCCGAGCUGCCAGCACCUCGUCCAGCGCCUGGACCCCGGGACCCUGCGCACCCCCUGCCUGCCCUGCUCCCAGCGGGCCGGGGGGCUGUUCUGCUUCUGCUGGGGUUGCCGCAGGGAAUGGAGGGACCCCUCAUCCCAUGCUGACUCGCGCUGCCCCCUACAGGCCGCGCUGCACGACGCCCCCAAGAUCCAGGCCCCACGAUCGUCCAUCCACGGCUGCCCCUCGCUGCGGGCCUGCCCCGGUUGCAACGCCCUCCUGAGCCACACCACACAGGGCUGCCCCAUGGUGGUCUGCCCUGAAUGCAGGUGUUGUUUCUGCUACCGCUGUCUGCGGCCGUACAGGGGACACCAGCCUCCCUGCCCCAUCGCUGACCCGCAGCUGGUCUGCGAGGGUGGGGUGGGGCUGCGGUCAUCCCAACUCCCAGGGGCAGCCCUGUAGUGCCUGGCGUCAUGAGCUGGAGCCAGGGGCUUUGGAGAGGAGGGAUCUGAGACAAGAGGGGGCUGCUUUGACUCCCCUCCCAGGGCUGCCAGGACCCCAGGCAUCGGGGGCAGGGGCUUCCUCUCCCUCCCUCAGUGCAGCGCCUGGCACAGCGAGGUCCCCGCGUGGCUGGGGCAUUUAGGUGCCACCACAACGUAAUGGAAUUGUGUAAGGUAAUUGUGUGUCUGAAUGAGUGACUCAAAUCGGCAAUGAAUGGACAGGGGGUGGACGAGGGGCCUUGAGUCUCUUCUAAUAUUACCAUUAAAGGAAGGAAAUUCCAAAGCUAAAAUCUUUGAUGUGAUUGGAUAAUGGUUAAAGUAUCAGUCAUUGACAUGUAUGACAGAGAGAGAGAUGUGGAUAUAUGAGGAUGGAUAGAUGGGUACGGGGGAUGUAUAGACAGAUACUAAAUUACAACAAAAACUAAGGAAAUUCCCAGCCAAUACCCUUCUGACAGGGGCUGCAAUUGUUAAGUCCCUGGGAGCCGCAGCAGUAGGAUAUAGAGAGCUAGUCCCCUUUCCCUGGGGCAGACCUCAGUCUGUAAUAGCCACUCAUCACUGGCAAGGGGGAAGGACCAGCUGCCUCUGCAGCCCCAGUACCUCCUUAGGCCUUAACAAGGCCUCAGCCUGGAGAGUUACCAGGCUGGAGCUCCCCAGUGCCCCUUGCCCUUGCCCUUGCCCUUGCCCUUGCCCUUGCCCUUGCCCUGCAGCCAGGUCCUUCCCACUCCCAGGCUGAAAUGAGACUAACCCAGGUCUUCCCUUAGCCCUUCUUAUACUGGCCCAGCCAGGCCCUGAUCGGCUGCCUCAAGCCCGCUCAUGAUUGGCUCCCUGGGGCAGCCCUUUCCCAGGGCUGUUUUAACCCCUUCCAAACCGGAGCGGGGUGACCUCCCCACUACAACUACAAAAGAUAGGUGUUAAGUGAUUAUAAGUAGUAGGCAAAAAGAGUGGUUACCAAAAUAAAAUAAAAUUUAAGCAUGCAGUCCAAAUUCUCAACCCGAUUAGACUGGGCAACAACUAGGUUAAGCAGUUUUUCUCACCACACUGGAUAUUGCAGUCCUUAAUAUACAGGUUUGUCCCUUAAACCUGGGCCAGUCUCCUUUGUUGGAGUCUUCAGUCUUCUGAUCGUUCUUGUUGCUUGCAGUGUAGGUGGGGGCAGGAGAAAGGCCGAGCGUGGGGCCCCUGGGUUCUAUACCCUCAGUCCCAUGUGCUUGGGGAACAUGAGUCCAGGCAUGUCUGGGGGGCAUUGCUGAGUCCCCAGCAAGGUUGAGCAAUUCCCCUGGUGUGGCCUCACGCAGGUGAGUCAUUGCAUCCUAGCUCCCUUGCUGGACAGUGGCUGUUAAUGGUUGUUUUGACACCCCGCCUGGGCGUUGGUUACUUUCCUGGCUGUUGUCUCUGGGGAGCUAAUAUCUGUCUGAUUCCCCAAUUUACAGCAUGCUUUAGGGACCACCAUACAACACAAUUCUCAUAACUUCAUAUGCACUAAAGAUAUGAAUAUUUAGAUGGAACAGUGGGUUUCAGCAGUUCCUAAUCUUUCCCCUGAUACCUCACAUGGCCUGCUUUAUGUGCAAUAUCAUAGUUAAGUACAAUUGAGGAAUAUGGGGGUUACAUGGCGCUCCCCCAAGGUACAGAAUGUCACAGGAUGUUUGUAAAAAAUUGAGACAAAUAGAGGGAAAACAAUCUCACUUUUUACCGCUCCCUGUUUUUCCAGUAGAAAAAAAAAGGGGGGUUAAAAAGUAAAAGAAAGUGUGACGAACCUCCCCCCCACCACACACAGACUCGCUUUUUCUUUUUUUCUUUCUUUCACUG